ACGUUGGAGAGUUGUUUAAAUUCCUGUUUGAUCAAAAACCCGGAUUAACCGUUUAAAAACAGCGCCAAAAUGAACCAAUUCAAUUGAUUUGAAUAUUACAAACUCCAAACUAAAGGAUAAACAUGCUACACGAAAGCAUUAAUGACUUUGUGGUCCUUACAGAGGUGGUGCGCAAACAAUAUGUGCUCUAUUUGGAACGUCAACUGCAGGAGAACGUAUGCGUCUGGGCCAGCAAAUCUCGGAAUCGGCACAAGCCCACCGCCUGGGCUUGCAUUCCCGCAAGCUUGGAGCAAUUGGAAGACAAGGCUAAACAGGCAUGCAUGGCUGCUCAAAUUUAUCAGAGAGCCAUGGUUAAGACAAUUGCUGCGGUACGAAGAAACACUCAGGAAUGCCGUCUGGCCAACAUUCUCUUUGAUCAAAUGCAGCUUUCAACUGGUGAGGAUGUGGUGCACAUUAAACAAGAUCACCACUUGGUGAGUAAGGCUACACAAACAAUCGACAUGGAUCUUCAGAAUGGCUAUGUUUCGUCAGAAGAAGGGAAUAAUGAUGGUAGCUAUGAGCUACGUCGGAAAAUCGAUAUGUUUCAGACCAGCCUAGAAAAUUUGGAAGUCCAAAAAGAAGCGCUGUGUCGACGGUGUCGCAGAAAGAACAUAACUCCGGAGUCCAAAUCACUCGGUAAUCAAGGAUCACCCUUUUCUGAGACCGAAGAUGCCGUGGCCCAGGAACUAGCCCUGUUGUUUGGCGAUGAGCCCACCGAUUUAAAUGACAUUUUCGGAAUUCAGCCCACUGCUGUAACCGACGAUCCGCACAUCUCGGCUAUACUAGAGGAAAUAGAGAACGCCGAACUGCCGGAAAAGUUUGAAGACCCGCCCAGUUCGCCAACCGCCACAUCCCCAACGUGGCAUAAGGGCGAAGUUGAUCUUCGCCAGAGUCGUUGGCCCUGCGAACUUUACGCCCAAAGAAGGCGGCUCAAUGCUUGUUUGGUUCGCCUGCUGGAAGCAGAUUGGCGUUGCGAAGAUCGUUUAAGAUACAAAUUCCACCUUUUCUUUGGCGAUGAUAGUGAAGACGAGUUUGCCACUCAAAUAUCCAGCCCAUCAAUCGAUCUGGUGGACGAAGUACUUCUGGCCAGCUGCGUUCUUCGAAUUCGGCCGUGGAUUGUUAGAAAUUUAAUGAUUCCCUUAAAAGAAGGUCUAAUUGCGAAUCGAUUUCUAUUUAAGAAGCUAGCCAAGAUGCUGGCCCACUCUAUUGUCAUGGUCAAUCCUUAUUGCUCGGAGCAUCAGAUCAAACAUGCUGUGGAACAUUUAUUCUGCCUUCGGCCGAGAGGAGUCCAAAGCGCUUAUGAUUUGGAUAAUCUACCUCCUCUCGAUAUCGCUAGGUUCGAAGUGUGAUGGAAUUUUGUAGAUUACUACUAUAUCGUGGAUCUCAAGUGUUUCAAAAGUUUAAGAUAAAACCUCAUCAAAAUAUUAGUUUUAAUAUGAUCGUAAGCAAUUUAGCUCAGGAAUAUAACACAUUUGUCAAUUAGAUAAAAAUCGAAUUUAGCAAUAACAAAAUCUACCUUUCCAAUGAUUCCUUUUAAAAAAAAUAAGUUAGUAACAAAACCGUACGAUUUCUAAAUCAAGCUUCCACAUCCUUACACCUAAAAUUGUGUAUCGAAAAUAAAACCAAGCAGAGUCAAAAA